UGAAGUUCAUUUCAUAUCAGAUUUAAACAAUUCUCUUGGAUCAGCCCAGAAACAUGAUUCAAUGUCGAAUACAGAAGAUAAUUCUGAUUACAGUUGCCAAGCUGUAAAUGAGAAAAGCACAGAAAAUAUUAGAGUUAAGAAACUGCCCAAUAAUCUCGCAGAAAAAUCUCCUUCAAAAUUUUCUGAGGAUGUUGACAAGGAUACAUCUACUAAUGAUAAUAACAUAAUGUCAGACAAUAAAAACAAAUCAGAAGAAACAGGAAGCUUACCUGCGCAUGUUGUAACCAAAAUGGAACCAUUGGUACAUAAUAUAUCUCAAUCAUUUUCACAAAAGGCUGGCCAAGAUACAUCCAAGGAAUUAGGACUAAAAAUCGAAAAUUUAUUAAACAACUCAAUGGAAAAACAUGAAGAUUUUAGUAAUAAAGAGAAUCUAGCGGCGAAUGUUAUUAGGGAUGAACCAAAUAUCAAAAAUGCACAUUCCAAUACACUAGUACAAAGUUCAAAGUCUUCAUCUGUACUUAAUUCAAACAAAUUAGUGAAAGAGAAAUGUAAAUCUUCUUGUAACUUAUCAUCAAGGAGCCGUGAUUCAAGAUCAACAGAAUUAAUGGAUGAUACUAUUGUUAACGUCGACGGUGAUGUAGCUAAUGACUCAAUGUUUGAAAUACUGAAUUCUGACAACACAUCAAAAUUGGCUGUCGAAACAGACUCAUUAAGUGAAUCUAUACUUAAUGUAAGUUCAGAUAAGAAUGUUCCUUUAAAAAUAUCUUCAGAUUUAAGUUCUUGUGAGAGUAUUGAACUUGUACAAUGUAUGGAUGAUGUAAUGACAAUGGAUGAUGAGAAACUUACAGAAACUAGAAUUACAUUGAAUAAGGAACCCACAGAAGUACAUAAUGAAGAAUCUAAUGAAAUUGUAAAUGAUUCUACUAUUUCAAAUGUAGAGAAAGCUAUUAGUGCAAAUGAAGAAUCUGGAAAAGAUAAUAUCAAAUUAAAUACAAGUAUGAAUGAUGAGGAUGAUGUCAAGGAAGAAGUUCAUAAACCGGAUACUUUAAGAAAUGUGCAGAAUGAUUAUGGAAUGAGUUGUACAAACACUUAUUCGUCUCCUAAUUUAAUAAAUACAGUGCCAUUAACUUCACCGGAUAAAUCGUCGACCGCAAAUCCUGAAUACUCUCCUAUUUUAAAGAAUAAAGAGACAUCUGGACUUACAAGUAUAAUUAAAACGAAUACAUCUUUCCUUAAUACGAAGAGUGCUAAAUCUACUAACGCGAAUCAAGAUAGCGUAACUGACGUGGUUAAAAGUAGUCCACCUUCCACUGUUACUGAGACGCCAAGUAAGCUUGCUGAAAAAGUAUCAAAAAAAGAAGAAUCUGCGAAUAAUUCAUCAACGUUAAAAAACAAACCUAGAGAAAAAUCAGAAUCUCAUAAAUGUAUAGACUCUGCUAUUGAAAGAGAAUACAAUCUUGGUGGUAAAGAUACUUCGAAGUUUUCCGAUGAUGAUGUACGAGGAGAUGAAUGCAGAGCAUCAGAAACAGAUUCAUCGGAUCUAGAAGAUAAUGGAUCAGAUCUUCAAGAUUUGAUUGUUAAUGAUGUUGAAGAAGAUGAAGAAAGUGAAGAAGAAGGAGAAAAAGCAAAUGAGAAAAUUGAAAUUGAAGAAUUACAUACUGAUGAAAACACUCAAGAAAAUCAGAAAAGAGAAAUAAAAGAACAAGACGAAGCAAUGCAAGUGCAAGAACCAGAUGUUAUUCAGGACAAAAUAAAAGAAGGUAUGACUGAAGAAGAAUCACAAAAUGAGAAUGAACAAGAAAAUAUAGAAAAUGUAGAUAAAUUAAUAGAUACCUCUAGCAAACGAAAAAGCAAAUUAGAGAUAUCUGACCGUUUAAGCACGUCUCAAAUUAAUAGGAAGAAAAAGCUUAAAAAAGUAGAUACAUCUCAAAGUGAAAAAAGUAAAAAAGAGAACAGCUUAUCUGAUUUGUUAUUAAAACAGAAAGUACUCAGUGUAGCUGACAAUAUUUUAGAGGUCGACAGUCAGAAAAAGCAUAAAAAACGAAAGCAAACAGCGGAGAAAAUGAAUACUACUAUAUUAAUUGAAGACAGUUUUCUUGAAGAUGUAGAUUCGCAAAUCGUAAGUAAAGAUAAAAAAAAUGUUGUUUCUACCAUUGAUGCUGAUAAAAAUAAAAAGGUUGAAGAGGUAUUUUUAAAUGAAAAGAAGAAGAAAAUAACACAUACUGAUAUUAAUAAAGAUGUUGAAGAAGAAGUAUUACAUGAAGAAAUCACUAAUACGAAGACGAAAAUUACUAAAAAGCCUAAAAAAAUAAAGAAGAAACAAGAAAAGGAAAUAACUGAAAAUCUUACAGAUAUUUGUUCAAGACAUCAAGUAUCAGGGAAGAAAAAGAAGAAAAUUUCCGAAGCCUUGUUAAAUGAAGAAAUUACAACUACUAGGAUAUCUAAGAAAGCACCAAAAUUAUCAAAAAACAUUGCUGUGCGGUAUGUCGAAACAGCAGUUGAAAAACUGCCUAAGAAAAAGAAAAGAUUAGUGUCGAAAGAUGCUUCUUCACAAGAAAAAGCUCUAGCUAAAAAGUUACCUAAGAAACAAAAUUUAUCAUCUAAUGAUACUUCACAAGAUAAAAAUAUUACAACAGAAAAAUUGUCAAAGAAACGAAUUAAAUUAGUGGAAAAAGACACAAAAAGUGAAGUAAAACCUGUUAAAAAAUCUAAUAAAUUGCAACAAUCGGCGGACAUAGUGUCGGAUUCAAAUGAAGGACCAACAGUCGUUAAAUUUUCUGAAGCACAAGAGGAAGCAUUAAAAGCGGUAAAAAGUAUUACUGAUAGUAUAAAAGAUAGUAAAGAAAGGGAAAAGAAAAAACAAAAGGGAAGAAUGCAAGAAGUAGAACUUGAGAAUGAAAAACCAAAAUCCAAAAAGCAAAAGAUUAAAGAUAAUAAAACAGAAGGCACAAAAGGUAUUAAACGACGAACCGAUGAAUUUCUUGUAAAUCUUUCUGAUGUUCCAUCAAAACCAUUGAAAAAGCGGAAAUUUUUAAAGAUAAAAGAACAAAUAUUACCAUCCUGUUCACCGUUUAAUUUAAAUACUAAUGAAGUAGAAAAUAUAUAUGUGGAAAAGCAAUUCGAUACGGUAAGUUCCUGUGGAAGUACAACUCAGUUCGCUGUUGUAAACAUUCAAAAAAUAAAGAAAAAAAAGAAAAUUCCAGGGAUAGCUUCGUUUAAAAAAAAAAUGAUCGCUAGAAAUUCAAGGCACUAUUCUGUAUAUUUAAUGUAUUUAGAGAAACAAAAGGUAGCAGCGAGAAACAAAAGUAUAAAAGUAUAAAUGCUCUAACGUAAGUAUCCUUCAACCUGCUUUUCUGUGCUAUUCUGUAUACAAAACGAAGGAAUCUUCCUUGAACUCUUCAACCUUUGACAUAAAUGCGACAUUCGGAAUAAGCGUAAUCAAUUAAGAACCUAGAAAUCUAUUUCAAUAUUUUUAUUUUAGCUUACGUUAAUCUUCGACUGGUAACUGUAGCAUCCAUAAUUGAAAUUUAAUUUUAAACAUUUUUAAAUUGUUGAAUGGAAUAAAUAAUAAGCUUAAGAAACAUGGCAAAAGAAUGGAGUGUUAUAGAAUAAGAAAGUUGCGUGGAAAUUACGUUCUUUGUAUGUAUACAGGAAUAAAAUGUUGAGAUGUAUCCUGGACGGAUUUUAAAAAUA